AGAAGAAAACGGCUUAUCGAAACCUGCAUAGCAAUUCUGCAACCGGCUGCGUAGCUGAUGCGCCAUAAAGAAAAUGGCCCUGUCUAAUGUUUUAAUACUGAGCCAAAUCGCUGGCCAUGUAUUUGCAUUUAUCCUGUCCAUGUGUAUCUUUAUUCCGCUCGCGAUACACGUCCGAUCGUUCGACGGCCACUGUUUACUGUUUACCACCGGUACAUGGCAGGAAAAGGAUGGUCUUUUCGAUGUAAAGUGGGCUUCGGAAGCAUACUGUAACUAUCCAAUUAUCGUCGGUGUUUGCUUGUUCAUCAUUGCCGGAGUCCAAAUCUAUAGGAUGGCUUUGCUAGCGUACCGAGAACUCGAAAGUUCCUUUUUGGGAUUAUUUUUUGACGUGGUAUUCAGCAUUUCGCUCUGUGCAAUGACACUGAUCGCAGCCAUUAUCAUUACCCUUGGUUUCAUGGCCUGGUGUGGUGAAAUGACCGCCCGUUUCCCUUCGUGCGAAAUCGCAGAUGGCCAAAAUAUUACCAACGUCGAACUUAACAUUCAAACGUCCGGUUUCUACAUUGAAAUGGGCACAGCACAAUUCGGCGCCUGGGCCUCGUUCGCAACCUGGGUAGGUUUGUCCGUGUUUUCGCUGUUAAAACUUAUCAACAACCAUCAGGUACGCAACAUUCGCGUCUCGAUGUACAUCGAGCGACAGCGCCUAGUGAACGAAGAGGUGUAUCGCAAUACAACAUCCGAGCUCCCAUCGGGAGCGCUUAGUGAUAACUAAACAUGCAAUACUGUUGGUUUUCCCGUGUCACCCGUGAACCAGUACGACUGGCUG